AUGGGCGAGUGUGUGUGGGGUGCGGUGUUGCGGGUGGUGGCGGUGCAGGCGGCGUGGGCGCUGUGCUCGGGGCAGGUGCGGUACUCGGUGCCGGAGGAAGCCAAGGCCGGGACGGUGGUGGGCCGUGUGGCGCAGGACCUGGGGCUGGAGGCGGGCGAGGCGGAGGCGCGGCGGCUGCGGCUGGUGUCUGCGGGCCGGCGGGCGAGCGUGGAGGUGAGCGGGGCGAGCGGGGCGCUGGUGGUGAGCUCGCGGCUGGACCGGGAGGAGCUGUGCGGCAAGAGCGCGCCGUGCGCGCUGCGGCUGGAGGUGCUGGUGGAGCGGCCGCUGCGCGUCUUCCACGUGGAGCUGGAGGUCGCCGACAUCAAUGACAAUGCUCCCAUCUUCCGUGUGAAUGAAGAAGCUCUUAACAUCCCGGAAUCGUCUGUGGCGGGAUCUCGUUUCCCACUGGAGGGCGCUUCGGAUGCAGAUAUCGGAGCGAACGCUCAGCUCUCCUACACACUCAGCCCCAGUGAGCACUUCAGUCUUGAUCAUCAGGGGAAUAAUGACGAGAGCGCCUCUUUGGGUCUUAUUUUAAAGAAACCUCUGGACCGGGAGACGAUGGCGGUGCACCGGUUGUUGCUGACGGCGAGUGACGGGGGCCGGCCAUCUCUGACGGGGACGAUGGAGCUGGUGAUCUCGGUGCUGGAUGCGAACGACAACGCGCCCCAGUUCAACCAGUCGGUGUAUAAAGUUAAAGUCUUAGAGGGUUCAGAGUUCGGGACUCUGUUAGUCACGCUGAAUGCCACGGAUCCAGAUGAAGGGAUCAAUAGUGAUAUUAUAUACUUAUUUGGUAGACAUGUCACUACAGAAGCUAAAGAAAUGUUCACUAUCGAUGAAAACAAAGGAGAAAUCAGACUUCAAGGCAAGUUAGACUAUGAAGAAAUGAAUAGUUACGAGAUCCCCGUAGAAGCAAGAGACAAAGGCUUCCCCCCGCUGUCGGGUCACUGCAAGGUGGUGCUGGAGGUGCUGGACGUGAACGACAACGCGCCGCAGGUGCGGGUGACGUCGCUGUCGGUGCCGGUGUCGGAGGACGCGCCGCUGGGGACGGUGGUGGCCCUGCUGAGCGUGUGGGACCGGGACUCGGGGGCGAACGGUGGUGUGCGGUGCUGGGUGUGGCCGUCGGGUCCGUUCGUUCUGGAGGCGACGUUGUCGGGGUCGUACUCGCUGGUGCUGCGGGAGGCGCUGGACCGGGAGCGGGUGUCGGAGUACGAGGUGGAGGUGCGUGCGGAGGACGGCGGUUCUCCGGCGCUGGGCGCCCGCGUGGGGCUGCGUGUGCCGGUGUCGGACGUGAACGACAACGCGCCGUCGUUCGCGCAGGCGGUGUACACGGUGCUGGCGCGGGAGAACAACUUGGCGGGCGCGGAGCUGGCGCGGCUGUGGGCGCGGGACCCGGACGAGGCGGGCAACGGGCGCGUGAGCUACUCGUUGUGGGAGGGCGCGUUGGGCGGGGGGUCGGGGUGGUGGUGGUCGGGGGCGUCGGUCUCGGUGGGGGAUGUUGCGGCGUCGAGCUACGUGUCGGUGGAGGCGGAGAGCGGUGUGUUGCGGGCGCUGCGGCCGCUGGACUACGAGGAGGUGCAGGUGCUGCAGUUCGAGGUGCGUGCGGUGGACGCGGGGGAGCCGGCGCUGUGCGGCAACGCGACGGUGCAGCUGUUCGUGCUGGACGAGAACGACAACGCGCCGGCGCUGCUGCCGGCGGCGGGCGGCGGGGCGGCGGCCGGGGCUUUGUCGGGGGAGGUGUCGUCGGCUGUGGAGGCGGGGACGCUGUGGGCGUGGGCGCGGUGGGGUUCUCCGUCGGGUCAGGUGGUGGCGAAGAUCCGCGCGGUGGACGCGGACUCGGGCUACAACGCGUGGCUGCGCUACGAGCUGUGGGAGCCGCGGGGCAAGAGCGCCUUGUUCCGCGUGGGGCUGUACAGCGGCGAGGUGAGCACGGCGCGGGCGCUGGAGGAGGCGGACGGGCCUUGGCAGAGGCUGGUGAUCGUGGUGCGGGACCACGGCGAGCCGGCGCGCUCGGCCACGGCGACGCUGAGCGUGUCGCUGGUGGAGGGCGGCGAGGCGGCGCUGGCGGCGGCGGCGGGCUCGUCGUCGCUGCUGCCGCGCUCGUUGGCGGGCGGCGAGAGCGGCUCUGGGCCGGCGUCGGCGUCGGCGGCGACGAACGUGUGGCUGGUGGUGGCGAUCUGCGGCGUGUCGAGCCUGUUCCUGCUGGCCCUGGUGCUGUACGGGGCGUCGCGCUGGGCGCCGCGGGCGGCCGUGCUGUCGGGGCCCGGGCCCACGACGCUGGUGUGCGCCAGCGAAGUGGGCAGCUGGUCGUACUCGCAGCGCCACAGCCGGAGCCUGUGCGUGGCGGACGGCGCGGCCAAGAGCGACCUGAUGGUUUUCAGCCCCAACUUCCCGCCGCCGCCCGGC